GCUGUCAGCGCUCUCGGCUCUGCUUUGGGCUCAGCUCCCUGGAGCAAGGAGCGCUCGGGACCGCGGUCCCCGGCCCGGGGCAGCACAGGGGGCUCCAGCCACAGCCGGCAAACGCCACCCGCCCACCUGGGGCCCCGUCACGACCGGGGACGGACUCGAGGCGCCGGGGCUGGCCCGGCAGCCCAGCGGCACCGGCGGCAUGGAGCCCGCACGCACCAUGGCAGAGCUCAUCCGCACCUCCGCCGACGCCUACCUGUCUGGGAGCAGCAUGGCGCGGCGCCCGCGGAGCAGCCGGGCCUGGCACUUUGUGCUGAGCGGGGUCCGGCGCGAGGCCGACGGCCGGGCCGGUGCACGGGGCUGGGGCUACGACUCCGACGGGCAGCAGCACAGCGACUCGGACUCGGAGCCGGAGUUUUCCUCCCUGUCUCCCUCCAUCCCGAGCGCCAUCCCUGUGACUGGAGAGUCCUACUGCAACUGUGAGAACCAGAGUGAAGCUCCCUACUGCUCCAGCCUGCACGCCCUGCACCGUGUCCGCGACUGCCGCUGCGGCGAGGAGGACGAGUAUUUCGACUGGGUGUGGGAUGACCUGAACAAGUCGACGGCCACCCUGCUGACGUGUGACAACCGCAAAGUGAACUUCCACAUGGAGUACAGCUGUGGCACGGCCGCCAUCCGCGGCAACAAGGAGCUGGCAGAUGGGCAGCACUUCUGGGAGAUCAAGAUGACCUCCCCGGUGUAUGGCACUGACAUGAUGGUGGGAAUUGGGACGUCCGAUGUGAACCUGGACAAGUACCGUCACACCUUCUGCAGCCUGCUGGGCAAGGACGAGGACAGCUGGGGACUCUCUUACACAGGACUGCUGCAUCACAAGGGAGACAAAACAAACUUCUCCUCGAGGUUUGGCCAGGGCUCCAUUAUUGGGGUGCAUUUGGACACGUGGCACGGGACGCUCACAUUCUUCAAGAACCGCAAGUGCAUAGGGGUGGCAGCCACCAAGCUGCAGAACAAGAAGUUUUACCCCAUGGUGUGCUCGACGGCGGCCAAGAGCAGCAUGAAGGUGAUCCGGUCCUGCGCCAGCUGCACGUCCCUGCAGUACCUGUGCUGCUUCCGCCUGCGCCAGCUCCUGCCCAACUAUGUGGACACGCUGGAGGUGCUGCCCCUGCCCCCGGGACUCAAGCAGGUGCUGCACAACAAACUGGGCUGGGUCUUGAGCAUGAACUAUAGCACGUCGAAGCCUUCCUCCUCCUCGUCCUCGGGGAGCGACUCGGACAGCUCGUGCAGCUCGGAUGCGGAGGCCUGCCAAAGGAAGAGGUGCAGGAGGACAUAAUGGCUCUGCACACCAGGUGGGUGGGGGUUUGUUGUGUUGUCUGUGAGGGCCAGCCAAGCCUGAUGCACCUCUUCCUUCAUGGGGACAUCCAUUUCUACGUGUUGGCAAAGAUUUCUCCAGUGCUGUGGAAAUCUUUGGCCUCGACAUCCAUCGCAGGCAUUUAGAAGAGUUGCUGGCUCCAAGAGAUGCCAGUUCUGACACAAGAAAAUUGUGGUGAAAUGUCUGAGCUUCAUCUCCUGACUUGCUAUGGAAGCCAGCACCUCUUCCUGAAGGAUCUCUCUUCUCCCUGUUGGCACAGACAACAUUUAAGAAAUUGGACUUGAUGACAGGAGUUGGACUUGAUAAUCUUUGUGGCUCCUUUCCAGCUCAGGAUAUUGUGAUGAUUAAAGCGGCCUCCUGGUUGGAGUGUACUGGAUUCCAGUCAGACAACGGACCUGACUCAUCGAGACACAAUCCCAGGCCAGUCCUCUCCUCUCUGUGUGUGUAGGUUUGGUGUCUGCCAUGACCUCGUCCCGCUCUGGGGCACAACAGAGCAGCAGCUGGAGGGAAAGGGCCCCCAGAGACACUGCUGGGAGCAGGUACAGGAGCUGAGCUGUGGGUGGUCUUCCUCGAGCCCCCGGGGACUUUGAAUUGCUUUGCAUGUUGGUUCCUGCUGCUUCUCCUCUGUCCAAGACUGUGUUAAACUGUAAUAAUAAAAGUAGAAGCUGUC